UCGAUACAGCAUGUGCAACACUCGCUCGACCGCGUUCAGUCAUGGCAUUCAAAUUUAAUUUCGAAAUUCCGUUGCAGACGAAACAGAAAUAUGGCGAAGAUAUCCGAGAUGACAAAGUAAAAGAUGAGGAUCAGUCAAAUAACUCGAGUACGCUUGGUGAGGCCAGAGAGUCUGUUCCCAGUAAGAUAAAAGAAGCCAUGGAGCACAUGUAUACGCCGGACGCUCUCUCUCAAGCGGAAAAUUCCGUCACUGAAACGGUCACCAUUGGCACACUACCGCCUCUCCAUUAUCUCAAUGAAUCUGUAUUUGAACAGACUGCCCCUGAGCGAGUUGACAGAGAGAAGAUAUUGUUUAAAGCUAUAACCCAAAAUUCAGACCUCAUAAGUGGAGUGUAUGAAGGUGGCCUUAAAAUCUGGGAAUGUACCUAUGAUCUGCUAGAGUACAUUGAUGAUGAAGGGGAGACGUUCUCUGGAAAAAGAGUCCUAGAUCUAGGUUGUGGAGCGGGACUACUUGGCAUUCUUGCUUUAAAGAGAGGAGCUAGCAUGGUCCACUUCCAGGACUAUAACAGCACUGUGAUAGAGCAGUUGACCAUGCUAAAUGUGGUGCUCAAUUAUGAGGAAGAGAGUGAUGAAGAUGAUAAUGAAGAAAAUGAUAGCAGCCCCCCACCAAAGAGAAGAACUUUGGAUGCCUCACCACAUUUGCUCAAAGACCAUUCCAGAUUUUUUUCAGGGGACUGGACUUCCUAUCUUUCACUCAUGCAAACCAGAGAUCCCACAUUCAAGUAUGACAUCAUCCUCACAUCUGAGACCAUCUACAAUACAGAAUACUACCCUUCUCUUCAUAACAUAUUUCAUAAACUGCUUGCUGAGGAUGGAGUUGUAUAUUUGGCAACUAAGUCUCAUUAUUUUGGGGUUGGUGGUGGACUUAAUUUGUUGAAAAAAUUUUUGGAAGGAAAAAAUGUUUUCCAAAUCAAAUAUUUAAAGGAGGUGGAUCAGGGCUUUAAAAGACAUGUUGUUUCUUUAAGCUUCAAGAAAGCACGGUCAUGAUAUUUUAUAAAUAUCGCAGUGAUAAAUAGAAUGAGCUCUUUCAUACAGCAGGCUUGGCUAAAUGCAAAGUAAGCCUACUUUGGGACUCAAUUUUUUAUAUGAGAGUGUAUGUAUGACAUAGCAGGUCUAACAAAAUAACGUGCCUUUGAAGCAAACGAUAUUCCCAUCACAUACCAAUACGAUUACAAUGGUUUAUUUUUUUUAUUAGAUGUCUGAUGGAUUAAAGAAGUUUCCAUGUUGGUACACAUUGAUUCUGAAAUUUAGACUCAUUGUCAAAUACCACUUUAGAGAAAUUUUUAUAACUGUGCAUGAUACCUGUUGUGUAAAUCACUUUCAUCAGUUGUACUGCAUUUUAUUGAGUUUAAAGGUUUAGUUUUGGUUGUAGCACUGCAUAACUGCCAUGUAAAUGUCAAAUGUACUGUGUAAAUAGCUCAUGGGAAAAGUGCAUUUAAGUUUCUACAACUGAAAGAGUACAGUCUCAUCUAAU